GCUUGCAUUGAAUUUCUUGUUGUUUCAUUGUUGUUCAUCGACCUUACUUCCGCUGUCGCACAACAAAGAUGAUCUUAUAAAGACAGCCCUUCGUACCUAUAUAGAAAACAUGUACGGAAGACCUCCAUUUUUUAUUGUUUCACCUUAAAAAUCCUUUCUUUUUUAGGGUUUUUGUUCUAAUAUUUCCAAUUUCACCAUAAAAAUCGUUUGUUUUUUCAUUGUAAAAUUUCAGGAGGGAUUCAUCAACGUCAGAUUCAGGGGAUGAACAAGAUCAAGAGAUUACCCUUCAAGAGAAAAUCGAUUAAGUUGAGUAAAGGUGGAGAGAAAGAGAAAUGGAUGAAUCUUUUUAAAGAAAGGCUCAUUGAAUGUGGUUGGAAGGAUGACAUAAAAGGCAUUUGCAGGGAAUUUGUAAAGAAGAAAGGGAGGAACAAUGUAAGUGUGGAUGAUCUUAUACAUCUGAUUACUUCAAAAGGAAGAGCUUCAAUUCCAAAUAAUGCAAAAGCGGAAUUGUUGCAGCGAAUUCAGGCAUUCAUAAAAGCAGCUGCAAUCCGAUAGAAGAACUGUUGCAUCGAGAGCAUGUAAAGUUUCAAAUUAAAAGAUUUUGAUGAGGGCAACUAUUAUGUGAUCUAGUUCUUGUACUAAGCCUAUAUUGGGCUACAAUCAAACUGUAUGAGUGUAUCUACGUUACUUCUGAUACAUGAAGAUUUUCAUUUGUAUGUAAUGUAAUGUAAUACUUGCAUCCGGUGAAUAAGUAUUUGUGCUUCUUUUUGUCUCACAAAACGGCUCAAACGUACCAAAACUCAACUUUGAU